GUCAAGAAAGAAGGCAGCGGGACAGAGUCUCCGAUGAUAGGUGAUAAAGUGACCGUCCAUUACACAGGAUGGCUUCUUGAUGGAACAAAAUUUGACUCCAGUCUGGACAGGAAAGACAAAUUUUCAUUUGACUUGGGGAAAGGUGAGGUGAUCAAAGCAUGGGACAUUGCUGUGGCGACUAUGAAGGUUGGUGAAAUCUGUCGGAUUACAUGUAAACCAGAAUAUGCCUAUGGCUCAGCUGGGAGCCCCCCAAAGAUACCUCCCAACGCUACACUGAUUUUUGAGAUAGAACUUUUUGAGUUCAAGGGGGAGGACCUCACUGAUGAUGAAGAUGGUGGCAUCAUCCGAAGAAUCCGUAAAAAAGGGGAAGGCUACUCCAAACCCAAUGAGGGAGCACUUGUAGAGAUCCAGUUUGAAGGCCGCUACGGAGAUCGUGUUUUUGACAGGCGGGAAUUGCGGUUUGAGAUUGGAGAAGGUGACAACUAUGAUCUUCCUCAUGGUCUGGAGAAAGCAAUUCAAAAAAUGGAGAAAUCGGAGGAAUCCGUAUUCUAUCUCAAACCCAACUAUGGUUUUGGAAGUGCUGGGAAGGAGAAAUUCCAGAUCCCUCCAGAUGCAGAGCUACAGUAUGAAGUGAAACUCAAAAGCUUUGAAAAGGCUAAGGAGUCCUGGGAAAUGAACACAGAUGAGAAGCUGGAACAAAGCUGCAUUGUGAAGGAGAGAGGUACUCAGUACUUCAAGGAGGGGAAAUACAAACGGGCAGCAUUACAGUAUAAGAAGAUUGUGUCAUGGCUGGAGCAUGAAUCAGGACUCUCUGAGGAGGAGGAUACGAAAGCCAAAAGCUUGAGACUUGCUGCCCACCUUAAUCUAGCUAUGUGCCAUCUCAAGCUGAAGGAAUACUCGCAGGCUUUGGAGAACUGCAACAAGGCACUCGAACUCGAUAGCAACAAUGAAAAAGGCCUCUUCCGGCGUGGAGAAGCGCACUUGGCUGUCAAUGACUUUGAAUUGGCCCGGGGAGAUUUCCAGAAAGUGAUACAACUUUAUCCCAGUAACAAAGCUGCCAAAGUGCAACUGGUAACUUGUCAGCAAAAAAUACGGGAGCAGCAUGAGAAAGAGAAAAAGAUGUAUGCCAACAUGUUCCAAAGGCUUGCGGACAAAGACUUAAAGUCAGCCGCUACUCUUCAAACCAGCCACACUGAAGAUGCAGAAAUGAAAGAUGAGCAGAAUGGAGUUGAAGAUAAAUCGGAAGUUGACACAGAAGCAUAAAAACAAAUGCUAUUCCAUUAGUUUUGUAAAGGGAAGAAUUUCCAGUGAAUUAGACCUUUAUUUUUCUACCUGGUUGGAGAGUGGCUUCAGGGGAGCAGAGGCUGAAGCCACCAUGCCACAGUCAGUUAGAGCUUUAUAUGUCUGUUGAAGAAGCUGAGUGGCAGCAUAAAUCUGGUUUGAUCCUAGAGACUUUAUUUAUUCAUUCAGCCUCUGUUACUGUUUGGGUUCUGUCUGGAUGUAUUCUGCUUGGUUUAUUUGCAUUUUGCCAUUGGUGUUUGUCUCUUUCUGGUUCCAGCUCACUUUAAUCCCAGGUUCUGCUUCCUAAAUUUAUCUCUUUCAAGUAAUCAGCCUUUUCCAGGAGU